CAAUGACCAGAAUCCACCUCCCCAUCCUUGCCUCCUGUAUGUGCAUCACUAUCAUUGCAUGCCAUGGCCAUGAUAUGUCACCGCCAAAGUUCCCCGCCGUUCUGAUCUUCGGUGAUUCAACCGUCGACACGGGCAACAACAACUAUAUUGGUACAUUGUUUAAGGCCGAUCACCCACCAUACGGUGUGAAUUACCCCAAUCAUGAGGCCACGGGCCGUUUCUCGGAUGGACGGCUGGUACCCGAUAUGCUGGUGUCUGAUCUAGGUAUCAAGGAAUCGUUACCACCAUUCUUGAAUUCAUUGUUAUCAAAUGAUGAGAUCAAGACUGGCGUGAGCUUCGCAUCAGCAGGGUCCGGCAUGGAUGACUUGACCACAGUGGCGUCGGGCGUGAUACCGGUGUCACGGCAACCGUCAAUGUUUAAGAACUAUAUAAAUAGGCUUAAGUCGAUUGUAGGUGAUCAAGAGACUAAUAAGACAAUUGGUAAUGCACUAAUCUUAAUUAGUGCAGGAACUAAUGACUUUAUAUUCAACUGGUAUGAUAUUCCUUCAAGAAGGUUGCGGUUCGAUAGCAUUAGCGGAUACCAAGAUUUUCUACAGCAAAGGCUACGUAAUCUGCUCAUGGAAUUAUACUAUCUUGGCGGUCGAAAAUUCAUUGUGACAGGCCUUGGACCAAUCGGCUGCAUCCCACUUCAAAUAACUGCAAAAUUCAAGAACCCAUUGCAACGGGAGUGCAUUGAAGAACAGAACUUGGACGCUACCAUCUACAAUGCCAAGCUCAAGAAUCUGUUGCCCAAAAUCCAGUCUUUGUUGCCUGGAAGCAGAUUCAUCUAUGGUGGUAUCUAUGAUCCGGUUGUCGACAUGGUCAAUCAUCCUAAAAACUAUGGAUUUGUGGACACCAAGAGAGGAUGUUGUGGGACCGGUUUUCUUGAAGCGGGCCCACUUUGUAAUAUCUUCACUCCACCUUGUAUCGAUGCUUCUGAGUUCUUAUUUUGGGACUCCGUACACCCAACGGAAGCAGUCUACAAAGUACUUUCAAAACAUCUACUCGAGCUUCUUCCGGCGCUGUAUUGAGGCCAUUGUAGGAAAUUCUAAUAAUAUUAGUGUAUGCACGAGUUAAUCUAUACCGUCCAUUUAUAGAUUGAACACAUCCCAACCACUUUCUUUUUCUAGAGUCUUUUUUAUGAGAUGUAUGCAGUGCAAUUGACAAGAUUAAUGAGAAUGGUACUUUUUUGGAUGGGACCCACUACACGCAAUAGCGGACAGAUGAUCGCUGCCAUUCAUUUGGUGGCUAUCAAUUGGACGACUAAAGAAGUAUCUUUUCAUCGUCAUCAUUUGUUAUGACUGGCUUGGGAACGUGGAUUGCCUUUGACCACCUGACGUGUGCGCCCCACCGUCCUAUUAGUAUGUGAGCCCUAAAAUGAGGCACAUGUAAAAUUCAAGUUCGCCACAGAAGUUUUGGAUCAGGUUAAUAUUUUUGUGUUUUCAGUUCAUCCCACUUGCAACAACCUUAUGAACGGUUUGGAUGGCAUGUAAACAGUACCGUGGACCUGUGAAGGUUUCAACAGUAAGCAUUUCCAUCCCCACAUUUUGGGGUGGUGUGGCCACUUGAGUUUUGGAUCUGCCUUAUAUUUGAGCUAAUGUUCUGGUCAUAGUCCUGGGAUA